GCCAUAUCCUGCCACACUUCGUCAGCUUUGGCGUGAUGAUGCAAAGAACUUAACGUUCGUAGUUGCACAAGUCGACCACUGUCCACGGUGACAUUGGAGGAAAGAAGUAAUCAUUUGCACAGGUCAAGAUGGGAUCGGGUGUGUCCUCUGAUGGUGCGCUGACUGUUCGAGCAGAGGCCAUAGAGGCAAUUCCUCCUCAAGGCUGUCCUAUGCACCAAGUCCAGUCUACCAAAGCAUCACCACCUUCAGGAUGUCCUAUGCAUCAAGCUCAGCCUAUCAAAGCAUCUUCUCUUUCAGAGGUCCCGAUAAAAGGUGCAGAGGCAGGUCCAGCCCAUCAGGACCGAGCCUAUGAGUUUGUGGAGUGUCCCAUGAGAGCUGCAGAACCCAAGAAUAGUGACAUUGACCCAGCGAAUAUGAUGCCUCCUCCAAACCAAACGCCAGCUCCAGAUCAGCCCUUUAAACUGUCCGUCUCCAGAGAGGAGUCAAACAUUCCACGUCACGGUGCAGAAAAGAACUGGGUCUACCCAUCAGAGCAGAUGUUCUGGAACGCCAUGCUGCGGAAGGGAUGGCGCUGGCGGGAUGAUGACCUCGCUCCCCACGACAUGACCGACAUUAUUAAAAUCCACAAUCAGAACAAUGAGCAGGCCUGGCAGGAGAUCCUUAAGUGGGAAGCCCUGCAUGCACGUGAGUGUCCUUGUGGGCCCACACUGAAGAGGUUUGGUGGGAAGGCCAAAGAGUUCUCUCCCAGAGCCCGGGUCCGCCACUGGAUGGGCUAUGAACUGCCGUUUGACCGCCAUGACUGGAUCAUUGACCGCUGUGGGAAGGAGGUGCGCUACGUCAUCGACUACUAUGAUGGAGAACUGAACCGUGAAAACUAUCAAUUCUCCAUCCUAGAUGUGCGUCCAGCUUUUGACUCUUUAGACGCUGUGUGGGAUCGCAUGAAGGUGGCCUGGUGGCGUUGGACCUCCUAAGAUUCAUGUGAAUGUCAUAGUCACAUCUAAACAUGCAAAGACUGUUGAGGGAUGUUUCUAGAGAAUUGUGAGCCCUGAAAAGAACAUGAUGUAGUGAGAAAAAGUAAGAUUACUAAGUAUUUUCAGAUGUAAUG